CGCGAGAUUGACACAGGUGUGAUGACUUGAUAGUAUUAUGACUACUGUUUAGGUGUACGGCGAUUUCGGACUGACAGCAAGACAAAAUACGCGUUGCAUCAAAAACAAGCACAACAUGACCGACCAACUGGGAGAAGAUGGACCAUCCCACUGUGCUUUUGUUUCCCGCCAGGGGGUUCCUUUACUCGCUCGGACACUGUAAACCCCUACAGCCCAAGCAGUGGGAAGGGGCGGGACCUGUCCUGAUUGGUCAUCGCCUGGCUUGCACAGAACUGUCAACCAGUGGAGUUUGCUUCAGGCAGGAACAUCCAGGAUCAUCGCAGAAACAUUGAAAAGUCUUCAGCAAAGACUGUGAUUUCCACUAUGGAGGUGCCAGGAUUGCCGCCGCCUGUGCCCUUCCCUCGAACUAUCCUUCAUCUCCCCCUUUGUACUACGGAUGCCGAGGACAAGCUCUCCUUGAAUGAGCCGUCGCCUGAAAUAGAGAAGGUCCAGGAGGAUAUAGAUUUGGAAGACGAUCCAUUUCUAGAUGAGGAGGAAGAGCAAAAUAGGGAAGAUGUGAUUUCCCCAGUAGUGGAGAAGGAAAAAAUGGCAGAGGAGGAGGAGAAGGCCGCGAAGGAGAGAAUGGCGCAGAGGCAACAGAUGGCGGUCGAAGAGCUGGUGCAGUCUGAGAGGAACUACCUCAAAAUGCUGCAGAUAAGCACAGUGACCAUCAGGAGCAACCUGCAGAAACUACAGCCUCCAUUGGCCAACUUGGACAGCAUGUUCCUUUACGUGGAGGACUUGAUGGACGUGUCCCGUCGGUUCCUCAGUUUGCUUGAUCAGAAGCAGCUCCGAUCCGGAGAGCCACUCUUCUUAGAGGCAUUGUGUGACUCAUUCCUCAGCCUUUCGUCGGAAAUUGAGGCGGCUUACAAAGAGUACCUGGCCAACUACAACCGUAUUACUAUAGUGGAGAACUCCUACAAACAGAAGGAGGCGCUGUGGAACCAGAUUGUUCAAGUUAUCAAGACGUCGGCGCCCGAAAUUAACGCCAGCUCACUGAGUUUCUUCCUGGUGAUGCCGGUGCAGCGCAUCGCCCGCUACCCUUUACUCCUGCAGACCAUCCAGAAGCACACGGAUACACAGCACCCAGCGUACGCACUGCUGGAGCAGACGGCGCACACCUCCAUUGCCAUCAACUGCCGCAUCAACGAAUACAAGCGUUUCCGGGAAGUCGCCGACAAGUACAAGAAGAGUGAGACAUUGACCAUCAAAGAUAUGAUCAACCGCUUGAAUUCGCACAGCAUCGCUAAGAAAACAGCCAGAUUUGGACAGUUCAUCAAACACGAAACCGGCAUGGUUCCCAAGCUGGUGGAUGAAGAGUUUGAUGCGUUGGAAGGCUUUUUUACAGUCCUAGAGCACGGCAUCUUGCAGCUGCUGGACAACGUGGAGCUCUAUCUCUUCCACCUCCGGACGUUCCUGAACUGCAGAACAGAAGAGUUUGACCUGGACAUGGAUGGCGAGAAGGUGCCCAUUUGCUAUAAGGAAAUCACCAGCGGACUCCGGUUGUGGAUCUUGCCUGUAUUUGAGGAAAGAAUGAGGGAGUUGAUCCACAAGCCUUUGUGCGCACUCCGUGACCUCUUGGUGGGCCCAAGGAACCUGAUCCGUAAGAGACUGCACAAGCUGCUUGACUACGAAGUGAUCGAGGCUAAGACUUCCCUCAGCUAUGAUGAGCAGGCCAUCGCCAACACGUACAGGACGAUGAACACGUUGCUGCUUAACGAGCUUCCCAAAUUUAACGGCGUGGCGCUGCAGAUGAUUUGGAGCAUGCUAGGAACGUUCAGCUGCCUGCACAAAGACCUGGCUUCUGACUUGGAGCAGCUUUUCCAGAGCUUUGCCCAACAGCUUCCGCACAGCUCUUUAGACGCCGCUGCAUUUUGGGAGUGGGCCGACAAAGCGGUACUUGAAGGGGCGAGGGCCCUUGACACUUUAGGUCGAGGUGUGGAAGAGACGCUCCUGGGGCCUGCUUCUCAGCCCCUGAACUCGUCCUUACAGCAGCGACUCCAGCAGCUGAUGGUCAAGCACAGCUCAGACAAGAUCUAUCAAGUGACAGCCGCCGUGGUGGGCACCCGAGAAAUGAACCUCAGCCUCGCCAAGGGUGAGCUCGUGGCCGUCAUCAGCUACGCGGACACUCGCGGAGACAGACGCAGGUGGCUGGUGGACGCCGGGGGAAGACGAGGCUACGCACCAGCCUACAGGUUGACCCGCUAUCACCAGGCGGAGGAGAUGCCGCCGCCCUCGCCUCACCUGAGCAUCCCGCAGCCCGCCGGAAGUGUCAGGAGACACUCGGACACGACGGACAUCCCGCAUACGACAACAAUGGCGGCAACAUUCAGCCAGCCGUGCUUCCAGGUGUAUGCGGCGUACAGCUUCACGGCGCGAGGGAACCAUGAAGUCACAGUGGUGGCGGGCGAACCGGUGCGUGUCCUUGAGCCUCAUGACAAGCGGGGCAACCCAGAGUGGAGCCUGGUGGAGGUACGCGGUCGGCAGAGGGGCUACGUGCCUUCCAACUACCUCGCCGUAGCGCCCGCCGUCACUCAUCCAACUAGUAUGAUGGCAUCCACAGAUUAGCCUAAGCUUGAAAAUCAUUGACUGCAUACCUUAGCUUGACAACAAGUACUAAAGUGUCAAAGAACCUGAUAGGGAAAAAACAUCUUAAAAAAAUAAAAUACAGCCAAAAACAAAGUCACUAUUAAUAAACUAGGUCAUAAUCAGGGCAAAAAAGCACGUCAAAACCUUGUCAAAGGCAGCAGUAGUAAGUCAGAAUGCACAUUUAUUAUUUUGAAAUAUAUUGUUUACACUUCUUGUGUCAUAUUGCUUCAUGUUUUUUUACUGACUUCUUGAUUCAGCUUGAGAACAAUUUUUUCUCAGUUUUAAACUACAUUUUAACAGCUCUUGACUGUUCUUUACUUGGUUUUUGACUGUUUUUGACUUAUGACUACUGCAUUUUACACUGUUUUUGCUAGCCUUUGAUUAGUUUCGUCUAGGUUUCUAGCUAUUUUUUUCAUUGGCUUUUGACUGUUUUUCAUUUUGUUUUGGACUAGUGUUCUUUAAAACUAUCACUUGUUUCUCAAAUGUUUUGAAAUCGGUCUAUAUCUGACUUUUAUUCUGCUGCUAAAGUUUAAUAACUGGAAAGAGACUCUGAUAACAUUAGCCACCUCCCCUGAGCGGAGCUAACAGCAAUGCUAGCAUCCCUGUGCGGACACUGAAGGACCUGAUGCUACUUAUCGCCAUGGACAGUUUUUACUCACUGCAGGUCACAUGACUGUGAAGAGACAGAUACAGAGACAUGUCGGUGGAAUGAAGAAAAUAAUGCUUUUCAUUUUUUGAAAGGACGUACUAUGAAGAUUAUUUGUUAUGUCAUUGCACUACAGGACUAAAGUGUCAGCAUUAGUAAGGACGGAAAUAGUAAAAAUGCAGGAAACCAUAUUUGUAUGAUAAUCGCCAGCUUGCACAAUCCUAAUAAAUGGGACUUUAAUUGUGAACAAAUUGAAGGUAUUACUACUCUCACUAAUUAUUAUGAUACAUUAAGAAAGGUAUAUAAAGACUAUAUUUUUUCAAGUCUUUAAGACAUUCGGAGCUCAAAUUGCAAAUAGCCCAAUAAUACCUGACUGCAGCCCAGAGCCAAGCGACAGCCGUCUUUUGUGUUUUUUCAUUUCAAGCAAAAUAAAUGAAGAUAAUACUGUCUGACAGAAUUCCAGGGGUGCCAAUACUUUUGGCCAGCAGUGUAGCAAAGCAUACAAUCAAAUUAUGUUUAGGCACACCCCUGUGACUAGUUAAGUUUAGGGUAAGGAAUUGGGCUAGGGCCUAUUGUCCCAAAAACCCUUUGAACUGAACAUCGUAAAAGAAUUCUUCGUGCCACCGUACCAACUGCAGGCGUGGUUUGUAGCGGCUGUCGCUUGGCUCUGGGCUGCAGUCAUACCUUUCUCAAGUUGACAACUGUCACCCCAGUGCAUUCUGGGAAUGCUAGUAAAAAAUCUUAACAUGAAGGUUAUUGUACAGCAGAGGUUGCACUAGACAUUUUCGUUGUCUGUCAUUUUGACUGACAGGGUCAUAAAAAUCCGGUCAUAAUCUAUUUUUACCCGUCACUUAAAUUUUUAAAAUGAUAAUGAUGACAUAUUCAAUAGUAUUUAGUUUUCAUUCAUUUUUAAUUAAUAUCGUAAAGCUUGCUUGGCGGCGAAAAAUUUGACACGGAAGUCGUGGUAUUUUUCUCCCUCUUUUUACUCUACUUACCGCCAACAACACCAACAAAACAACAACUCCGCCCCCAAAGAAAAAGAGGCAACUAUAUAGACCCCAAUCACCAACGUCACACAAUGAUCUUAAUUGUGGUUGUCAGCCCAAAAUCUUCUAAAUACAUAUUAAAUGCUUCUUACCAGAUAUAAAAUGACUACUACAUAGUCUGUGGUGAUCGUUUGGUGCCCAGAUUUCUUGUCGAAUUACAGCAGUCCAUCUCGCUCUCCUCUUCGGGUCUCUCAGAAUACGGUAGAACUUCAAGUCUCUCCGUCUAUCUUCUCUGUGACUGCAACCAACCGCCACACACGCCUUCACCAUUUUGAUUAUUAAUGUUAACGAGCAGAAAAACACGCCGUAGUAGGAGGCAUGUACGUAGCGGUAAUGUGUAAACAAGACGAGCUGACACACAAUAUGGCGGCUCCA